UUAAUUGUCGCUAUCAAGAGAUUGUAUUUUAAAGUCUAGUGUAAGAGGAACUUUGUGGACUUGCUUAGUCGUUUUCUGUCUAAAGAGACAUGUCCGAGCAGUGUUCUGAGGGAAACACAGUACGAGCUGAGGAGCUGCUGCAAAAUGCUGGAGAAACUGCAAGCAGCUGCUUCAGUGAUGUCCCAAGGAUAGAAGUUGUGUCACGACUAGAAGAAGUUAUCAAACAGAUAGUUGGCAGUUUAUCGAGGGAAGAAGCGCCAGUGCUGGUGUUGAAGAACCGGAACCAGUGGGCUAACGUGAGAUUUAACAAAUCUGUUGGUCUGCUUAUGACUACGGGUGGCACUGUAUCAACUCUACGAAGUGACUGCCCUUCAACUGUAAUCAAGUUUGCACUGAUGCUGAAGGCCAUGUCAACUAUUUACAAACUUGUCCAAGGUGAUUCAUAUGUUACCAAAAGGGAUAUCUAUUAUAAUGACCCACAGCUAUUUGGAUCACAGAAGACUUUGGAUGCCAUUGUUGAUGAUCUAUCAUGCCUGUUGAAAAUUCCCCGGAGGAGCCUACAUGUGUGUGCGACUACUAAAGGAUUAAUCUCUGGUGAUCUUUGUUACUUGGAGGAGGAUGGGACAAGGGUGGAUUGUAGUUCCACUGCAGUGCCUGUGUCCUCUAGUGUCAGUCGGAUAAUGAAUAUUGUGUCAUCUGCAAAGUUUGUUCUAGUCAUUGAAAAAGAUGCAACUUUCCAAAGACUUUUGGAUGAGGAGUUUUGCACUCGGUUCUAUCCAUGCAUCAUCAUAACAGGAAAAGGUGUACCAGAUGUGAACAGCCGGCUAAUGGUGAGGAAACUAUGGGAGACACUACACAUCCCUGUAUUUGCCUUGGUGGAUGCUGACCCUUACGGGAUCGAAAUCAUGUGCACCUAUAAGUAUGGAUCAAUUUCAAUGGCAUUUGAAGCCCCCACUCUGACGGUCUGUUCCAUGCUCUGGCUGGGUCUGUUGCCUUCAGACAUUGAGAGCCUUGGAGUGCCACAGGAUGCUCUACUUCCAUUAACAAAGGCAGAUGAAAGAAAGCUCAACCAUAUAAAGAAAAGACCUUACAUCUCUUAUCAUCCUGCAUGGGAAAGAGAGAUGGACCUCAUGCUGAGAUGGAAGCAGAAAGCUGAGAUCCAGUCCCUUGUCUCUAUUGCUCCUCAUUUCCUCACUCGGGUGUACCUACACAAUAAGUUGUCAUAUGGAGGUUGGAUAUGAACAGACACUAUCUUCUGCUGCACAUUUACCUGCACUGUAAUAAUUUUUCUU